AUGGCCUCAUUUGCUGUAACCAUUUUACUUGCUGUUGUGUGGACCUUGUCGGCCAGUGGUCAAUGGGUCAACAAUUUUGACCAGGUGGCUACAUUUGAGUGUACUCACGGAAGGGCUUUGUACCUGAUCAGGAGCAUCCACGAUAAUUACUUUGAAGACAGGAUCUGGCAAUUUAAGUGCAGAACCGCAUAUACAACUACCAGUUGUUUCUGGACCGAAUUUCUAAAUCUUUGGGACCAGACACUGGAUUACAAUUGCCCUGGAGAUAAUUAUAUUAACGGCAUCUACAGCGUCCAUGACAACUACUACGAAGAUCGGCGAUUUUCGGUAAAAUGUUGUGCAGCCGGUCACAGGCCGUUAAAAUGGUGCUAUCUCACCGAUUACAUCAACGACUGGGACGGAGAGAUGUACUUCGAGGCACCUGGUGGCUACGUCAUUAGAGGACUUCAAAGCCAUCACGACAACUCUAGAGAAGAUAGAAGGUGGAAGAUUAAUCUUUGCUGGGUUGUUUAA